UACUCACCCUCUUCUAAUAUUGGAUUGCUCUAGAUACCCUCCUCACACAACCCAACAUAUCACCAUUCAGCUCAGUCUUUCUCUUUUUUUUUUCUCUUCUAUAAUCUCUGUCACUAAUCCCUCCCCUUUCAUCUUCUGCGCCAUACCUCUCCAUCCUCCCUUCUUACUAACCAUUCCUCUACCUUGAAUGAUAGCCCACACUCUCUUGUAUCUUCUCUCAGUUACAGGGGCUACUUUAGGCCCUCAGCCUUGCAAGUUAUGAAGCAAUCACUUUAUUAGUGUCACAGAAAAAAAACAUCAAGUACACUAUAAAGUGGUUGGCAGAAGGAAAGGCACCCAGCUGUAGAAACCAUACAAAGGCAGAGACUGGAGUGCGAUGCAGUACUGUAAGUCACCAGAGCCUGUGAAACCAUCCAGCUUUCGCCAGCCUGGAAGCGGGACAUCACAUGGUUAUUCUUUCAGUCAUUUUUUUUUUUUUGCUUCAGUCAUUUGACUGCAGUGAUGCUGGAACACUGCCUUGAAGGGUUUUAGAUGAAGAGAUCGACCCCAGGACUUAUUCUUUGUAAGCCUAGUACUUAUUUUAUCAGUCUCUUUUGCUGAACCACUAAGUUACAGAGACAUAAACACACACAUAUAUGUGUAUAUAUUUAUGUGUGUCUGCAUUUGUCCCCCUGCCAUCGCCUGACAACUGAUGCUGGUGUGUUUAUGUCCCCGUAACUUAGUGAUUCGGCAAAAGAAUAAGAAUAAAGGUGGCAUCAUCUUUCUUGCAGUCGAAAAGGGAAGUGCUGCUCUUUUGUGUCAGCCAGACCAAAGGGCAGCACCCGCUUUUGAUCAAGACCAGCACUUGCCUUUCGGCCGCAAGAAAGCCGAUGCCACCUCUAUCCUUUCUAGUCAGCACCGUGCAUUCCUCACUCUUUCACUCUCUACUGACUGACAACCUUUUUCUACACUAUCAACAGACCUACCACUAUAUUAGUAUAUAGUUAACGUGUUUUCAGGUGACAUGUUUAUGGUAGCCAGACUGGAAAACCGCCAAACAGCAUAGCAACAGAUAUAAGAAUGUGAUAAAGUUCUUAUGGACGCCGAGUUCUCAGACAUUUUCACAAUUUCAAAUCUAACCAGCGUAUUGUGGUUAUGACAUAAAAUGAAUUCAUUUCACGAUUUAGAUGAGGAGGCAGCUAAGAUACAGAGAAAAUGGCGUUCUUUUAUGGAUAGGCAAAUUUUUAAAUACUAUAAAGAUUUAAUAAAUUUUAAAAAUUGUGGAAAUCCUGCUUUCAUGCUCCACUGUAUCAACCCUGUGGAAGCAGAUUUAUUGGAUGCUGCAUCAGGUAACAAAGUCCGAUUCAGGUUAGGUGGUGGUUGUUUUCCUCCAAAUAUUUACUACAAGAUAUAUACGGAAAGGAAUAUCAUUGACCUCUGUGCUAUCAGUCCAAAAAACUAUUGUACCAACAAGAUGAAAUUACCUCUUGCACUACAUUCUAACAAUAAACAAUAUGACAUUUUUCUUGCUCAAAAUAACGAUAUGAGCGACUGGUAUCGGCGUACCGAAAAUAAUGGCUGGAGAUUGGUGUCUGGUCAAUUCCUUUGUCCUUACAAAAACGAUCAGCUAACUUUGGAAUCAUCUCAAACAAAGUAUUUAUUUCACCCCAGUAAGCUCAAGAGAAAACAAAAUGCUGAACAAAAGAAGAAAUUACUUCAAAUAGAAUGGAAGAAAAAAUUGUACAGAGGUGACUUUGAGAAAUUAUCUUCCGAGGAAGACCACUGUGAAGUGAAUAAUUUGCUUGAUUGGGUUGAUGCAUUGGAUUUUGAAGAGUAAAUUACUUCCUUAUUUCUUAUAUUUACCUCGUCUUUUGACUAUGAUUUAAAAUUUCUUCACAGGUUAUUCGGUUCUCAAGUUAAUUCUCUUCAGUAGAAGCCUUGGUCUUUACCACUUUGCCGUAACAGAUUCCAUUCUUUUGAAUUAAGUCUGAAUAUUUCAUUGCAGGGAAAGGUCAAUAUUGGGGGUUAAUAUGAGUUAGAAAAGGGCCAGAGGCCCACCGACAGGACACAAACCACAAAGCUAUCACUUUCCAAGCAAACAUGCUAUAGAAUGCCUACAAUUCCUUUUCUCAAAUUAUGUUCUAUAAAUAUCGGUUUCAAAUUUUUGCACAAGGCCUGCAAUUUGGGGUAAGGUGUAAGACAAUUACAUUGACCCCAGUGUUUGACUGGAACUUAUUUUAUCAACCCCGAAAGGAUGAAAGGCAAACUAGACCUCAGUGGAAUUUGAACUCAGAACACAAAAAUGGAUGAAAUGCUGCUUAGCAUUUUGCCUGGAGUGAUAACAAUUCUGCCAUUUUACUACCUUAAGUUCUAUAGAUAUUGUCUUCAAAUUUUGGCACAAGGCCAGCAAGUUCGGGGGAGGGGAUAAGUUGAUUAAAUCAACCCCAGGAUUCAACUAGUACUUAUUUUAUCGACCCCAAAAGAUGAAAGGCUAUGUCCACCUCGUUGAUGCUUGAACUCAGAACAUAAACACACAACGCCAUGAACCAUUUUGCAUUCUAACAAUU